GCAGUAGACACCUCCCUGUCUCCAAGAGCUCUUAUUCUUCUGCUAUGUGGCUCUGUGUUCUGGUCUGGGCUUCUCUUGCUGCUUGCCCAAUUUGGGCAUCAGGACACCCAUCCUCACCACCAGUGGUGGACACCACGAAAGGCAAAGUCCUGGGGAAGUAUGUCAGCUUAGAAGGAUUUACACAGCCUGUGGCCAUCUUCCUGGGAGUCCCUUUUGCCAAGCCUCCUCUUGGAUCUCUGAGGUUUGCUCCACCAGAGCCUGCAGAGCCCUGGAGCUUCAUGAAGAACACCACCUCCUACCCGCCAAUCACCGGUGAUGAACACAGCCGGGGGAACUGGACUCACUUGGACCAGCUGGCUGCACUACGCUGGGUCCAGCAUAACAUUGCAGACUUUGGAGGGAACCCGGAUUCAGUGACCAUCUUUGGAGAGUCAGCAGGAGGUGUCAGUGUCUCUGUUCUUUACAAAAAGAAAAGUAGAAAAAGGAGGAGGAGGAGGAGAAGCAGAAGCAGAAGGAGAAGCAGAAGAAGGAAGAAGAAGAAGAAGAAGAAGAAGAAGAAGAAGAAGAAGAAGAAGAAGAAGAAGAAGAAGAAGAAGAAGAAGGUGGUCCAUUGUCAGAGCCCUGGGUCAUGGGGUUGGAGCCAAUCACUUAAAUUUUCAGUCACCUCUUACUUAAGGAUACCCUAUUGUCUCAUCUCACUCAUCAACUUGGCUCUAUCUGGGUCACCAGACUCACCUAUUCCUAGCAAAGUUUGCCCAGAAUUUCAUCAUCAUCUUGCUGAGAUUGAUCUCUUCUUCUGAGGUACCACCUGUAAGGAAUAAGAAUAAUCUUUUUGAUUCAGUUCAUGGUUCGUGAGCUAAUGAGCACAGUAUUACUCAAGGGCUUAUUUAAAGAGUGGAGUUUGGACUUUUACACCAAAGCUGUAGAAUCGAAAUUUUCAUUGCUAGAGGAUUGUGCUUAGCUGGUGUAUACUUUCUGUUUGAGAAUAACUGAUCUACCACAGAGCAGGCAUGCAGUACAUUCUGUUGUGAUCAUCCAUGUACAAUUCUAGUCUACUUGACAUGGAAAUGCCACAGAUGAAGAAUUCUGUGGAUCACAAGGUCAAUGGGAUUGCUGGGCCUUGUAUCUUUUCUUAUUCUACAUAACCUACAAUUAGAUAUAAGGUGGAUCACAGUCAUGAAUUAUAGCAACUGAAAGUUGAGGUAUUGAAGACAUUCUGAAAGGUUUUCUUUAAAUGUUAUAUUAUUAAUUACAAUAUAGUUAAAAGAGCAUGUAGACAGAUAUGCCUACAGGCAGAUUGAUGCACAUGACAUCUGACAUGAGUCAGAAACAGCUUGACCUCAUCCUCAUUCACAUUAUGAAUGGGAAAUUAAGCAUCAGUGGCAUUCUUGUUUUCAAAUGGGACACUCGGGUGACCCAUUUCUUUUGGUGCAUUACUGAUCAGGAUUUUGAUAUAGAGUAUUGCUGGCUGCCCAGGAGUAUGUACCUUUCCUUGUGUAUGCUGGAGUGGGAGAAAAUCUGGAAACCUGAGAGUUGAGCUCAUCCCUGUCCCACUGAGUUGAGAAAUGAACAUCAAGAGAGGAGGAGAAAUUUGUUCAAGGCCACAGAAGCCUUGGCACCCGCAGCUCCUAGUUGCAAGCUCAAAGGCAGUAAUACACCAUUACCUCUUAAAAUUGGAGCACCAAAGACAGAAUAGAUUUCAUCUCCAUGGUCUCCUACCAUUGUAUUUGGUUUUAUUUUUGAUGAGAAGCUUGGACGAUAUUGAAACUCAUGUAUGUGGGGGCUCCAGCAUCUAAGAAGACACACAUUCACAUACCAUUCAAAUUGCCAGACACAAACUUGGAUAGUAUCAAGGCCUUGAUAAGGCAGGAGACCUCUGAGCAUCAGUGCAAACAGAGAAACAAUUCACCAAAAGCUUCUUGAUGUGCUUAGCACUGUGCAGUUAGCGGAAGGAAAUAGUGAUGCUCAUGUGAGGGAAAGGAUUUAUGAACACACUGCACCCAGUAAGCACACUGAUUAAUCAUUGACAACCUUCUAAUGUUCAUUGAUUUCAAAAUCUGUACCUUGCUGGGUGUCCUCCGUUCAGAUCUGUUUUAAGCAUACUUGGUGUUUUUUCCCACCUAUUCAGAGAAAUGUGAGGCACUUCCAAGAUAUUUGAAAGAGAGGAUUCCUAAAUGCAAAUACAUGCAAACUUGGAACACUGGUCACUUUUGUCUCAGGAGUACAAUGUUGGAUAAGGCUGUCCUUCAUAAGUAAGAGAAUAACAGCUUCCUCAGACAAAUCAAAUCUUAUGAAACUCACCACUCUAGACAUGCCUUACUUUUCUUAUUUAAGCACAAAGAUAGAGAUGGAUAACAUGAGACAAACGACAACACAAAAGUCAAUGAUACGGAACAGAGAACAAUAUUCAGAAUAUCUAGAUGACUGUGAUGAUGAGCACAGCAAGCUUAUUCUGAGGAUAGAGGAAAAACAAAGGUAUUGUGAAACAGAACUAGAUCAGAUGACAGUUAUAGGUAAAGUAUUGCCAUUACAAAGUGAUAUGUGUUCUGAUCUCAAAGACAUCAAAAUGCACAGUAGAAGGGGAUGAAACUUGGAGCUAUUCUAGCAAACCUGUUCAUGGUAUAACUUAAUUAAGCCAGUCUCAAUUAAUUGUUGUCCUUGUAAGAGUUACCUUGGUAGUAGUGUCUGUUCACAAUAGUAAAAUCCUAACUAAGACAGCAUCCUAGACCAGAGCAUCUACAUGUUAGAGGAUCUGAAACACAAGAGAUGAAGGGUGUAAUAAAAUUGUAAAGGGGCUUCAAUACAAUAGCACUGUCAAUGAUGGCUCAUUCAGAUAGAAAAUCCCUAAGGAAACAUGUCUUGAUCAAUAUUUAUCAAGAAUCAAUUUAAUGUCAUUGUAUGUAAUAUUCCACCCAGCAAUAUAUAUUAUUUUCAAGCACUCACAGAACAUUCUCUAGGACAGAUCCUAUGUGAGGACACUAUGUAAUACUCAGCUAAUACAAGAAGGCUGGAAUUGGAGAAGGCAUCCUUUCUGAUCACAAUGGCUUGAAAUCAGACAUGAAUGCCAGGAGCAAUUUUAGACAACUGACAGACUCUUGGAAAGAAACAUGGUCCUGAGCCACUAAUAUGUCUGUAAUGAAACUAAGUGGAAAAUGUAAAGCAUAUUGAAACAGGGAUGGAAGGGUUGCUCACUGGGGACGAGUUUGCCACACUAAUGUGAGCAUGAGUAUCUGGAUACCCGAUAUGCAUGUCAAUAUAGCCUGCCUGUGGCAUUAUAGACCGGUGUAAUCCUAGCAUGCUGGAGGCAUAGAUGCGGAUCUCUGGAGCACUCUGACUAGUUAGACCAGCUCAACUAUCGAGUUGUGAGUUCAAGCUAGAGGACCUAUCUCAGGAUAUAAGGUAGAGAGCAACAGAGGUCUGGUAUUCUCUCUCUCUCUCUCUCUCUCUCUCUCUCUCUCUCUCACACACACACACACACACACACACACACACACACACACACACACCCCUUAAAGAACAAA